GCGCCGUUAACUCCUUCCUUCCCUCUCACUGAACAAAGUUCAUUCUUUUUUAUUUUCUGAUUUUAUUGUAAUCAAUCUUCAGUUUCCGAAUCGAAGAGAAAAUUCAAAGAUGUUCGAGCCGCAACAUUUCAUGGAUUUGCAAGAAAAUUCUGGUUUCGGGGAUCAGAACUCCUGGUUAUCGGGAGAGGUUGGCUCGUCUCCGACCCACCGCCGAAUUCAGUCUUCACUAGCUAAUUCCGCCGGGAGCGGCAAUGUCGACCGCGUCCUCUACAACGACCUCGUCGAGAUGAUCCCUCUUGUUCAGUCCCUCAUCGAAAGGAAAGCUAGAAGUUCGUUUACCCGGCGUGGUUCAAUGAUCUACACCAAGACACCUUCAAGGGAAUCCUUAUCCCGAAAAGCAGCUGAACCAAGGGGAAGGACUGCCUUGCAGUCUAUUCCCAAAAAGAAAAAGGACCAAGCAGACAGGGACCAAUGUAAAAAUCUUAGCAAUAACCAAGAUGGUGACAGCUUCUCAAUCUUUUCCUCAAGGGCUAUGGCAACAGAGAAUGAAGAUGAAGAGUUAGCUACAUUAAAGGAAAAAUUGGAGGAUUUGCAAAAUAAAUUAGUGGAAAAGGACGAGCUUUUGAAAUCAGCAGAGAUUUCAAAGAAGGAGGUGAAUGAUAUUCAUGCCAAAUUUGAGGAAUUAAGAUGCCAGACUGCAGAAAAGGACUCUUUAGUGAAGUCAAUUCAGUUACAACUCUCUGAUGCAAAGAUUAAGCUUGCUGACAAACAGGCUGCCUUGGAGAAGCUGCAGUGGGAAGCAAUGACAUCUAAUCAAAAAGUGGAGAAACUCCAAGAAGAGUUAGACUCCAUGCAAGGGGAAUUUUCAUCAUUUAUGCAUAUAUUUGAAGGUUUGACAAAGAGUCAUUCCAAUAUAUAUGCUGAAGAUUAUGAUGUUGCUCCAUAUCAUUUGGAUCGUCUUCCAUAUAUUGAUGACAUGGAUGACAUGGAGAUGCAGAAAAUGGAGAAAGCAAGACAAGCUUAUAUUACAGCCAUUGUUGCUACAAAAGAGAAGCAAGAUGAAGAAUCUCUUGCUGCUGCAGCCAGUGCAAGGUUGUAUCUUCAAUCCCUUGUUUUCAGGCAUGAAGGUUUGAACCAUGAAAAUGUUGGGAUGUGAUAAGCCGUGUUUGAAGUGUUGCAGUGCAGCUCCUUCUGGAAUUAACUUAUAGGUUUCACGCUGUAGUACCUACUGUAAGUUCUCUCCUUCCUUUCCCCCCUCGUCUUUUACCCUUUUCACUAUUCUUUUUUGUUGGCUGAUUCUGUGACGUCCUCUUCGCAAGGUAUAUCCCACAUUUCCAUUGUUUAUGUGGCUUUUAUUUUAAUAUGUUUAGUAAAGUCAAGCACUUGCAGUAUGUUUGGGUUGUUGUAUGUAUACGAAUGAAAUUUCCAUUGAGCAGUUUAGAGUCUACCUCAUUACCAUACACCUCUCUCUGAAUCUCCCGCUGUUUUGUUAAAUUAAAUCUGAAAAUUAGG